GGAGAAGAAAGCCAUAACUGAUCCUUCUUUGUUUAAAUACAAAGUCCAACCUAUUAAAAAAGAACUAUAUGAAACUGUUAUCGUUAAAGCAUCUCAACUAAGCCGAAGGAAACAUCUCUUUUCUCGUGAUAGACUUAAACUUUUUCUGAAACAACACUGUGAACCACAUGAUGGAGUCAUUAAAACUAAGGCAACAUCAAUUGCAAAAUAUAAUCUAGCAGAACAAAAUUUCUCCUACUUAUUUCCUGAUGACCCACCCACAUUUAUCUUCAGUCCUGCAAGCAAACGGCGAGGGAGACCUCCAAAGAGGGCAUCCAGUGGUCUUGAGGACAAGAUGGUGGCUAAACGAAAUCCACAAGGAAACAAAACUAAAGUAGCAAGGGAAAAGACAAGGUUCCAGAAGCAAAAAGAAGAUAUGCAGGCCAUGGCUUUUGAAAAAGCAAAAUUAAAACAAGAGAAGGCAAAUGCUAUAGAAGCUAAGAAAAAGGAGAAAGAAGAUAAGGAAAAAAAGAGAGAAGAAUUAAAGAAGAUUGUGGAAGAAGAAAGGAUGAAGAAGAAAGAAGAGAAAGAGAGACUCAAAAUAGAAAAGGAAAAAGUAAUAGAGAAGCUGCGUGAAGAAAAAAGAAAAUAUGUGGAAUACUUGAAACAAUGGAGUAAGCCCAGAGAGGAUAUGGAGUGCGAUGAUCUUAAGGAACUUCCUGUUCCAGUGCCAGUGAAGACAAGGCUUCCUCCUGAGAUCUUUGGUGAUGCUCUGAUGGUUUUGGAGUUUUUAUAUGCUUUUGGGGAACUUUUUGAUCUUCAAGAUGAAUUUCCUGAAGGAGUGACUUUAGAAGUUUUAGAGGAAGCUCUUGUAGGAAAUGACACUGAAGGCCCACUAUGUGAAUUGCUGUUUUUCUUCCUGACUGCCAUCUUUCAGGCAAUGGCCGAAGAGGAAGAGGAAGUGGCCAAAGAUCAAAUAGCUGAUGCUGAGACCAAAGAUUUAACAGAGGCUUUGGAUGAAGAUACAGACCCCACAAAAUCUGCACUGUCUGCAGUUGCAACUUUGGCAGCUGCAUGGCCCCAGUUACAUCAGGGCUGCAAUCUGAAAAACUUGGAUCUUGAUAGCUGCACUCUUUCUGAGAUUCUCAGACUCCACAUUCUAGCAUCAGGUGCUGAUGUAACAUCAGCCAAUGCAAAGUACCGUUACCAGAAACGAGGAGGGUUUGAUGCUACUGAUGAUGCUUGCAUGGAGCUGAGACUAAGUAAUCCUGGUCUCUUGAAGAAACUUUCAAGUACCUCAGUGUAUGAUUUGUUGCCAGGAGAAAAGAUGAAGAUCCUUCAUGCCCUCUGUGGGAAACUUCUGACUCUCGUCUCCACUCGAGAUUUCAUUGAGGACUCUGUUGAUGUGUUACGACAGGCAAAACAAGAGUUCAGAGAAUUAAAAGCAGAACAGCAUCGCAAAGAACGAGAGGCAGCAGCAGCAAGGAUACGUAAGAGGAAAGAAGAAAGGCUAAAAGAACAAGAGUUAAAAAUGAAAGAGAAACAAGAAAAGCUGAAGGAAGAGGAGCAAAGAAAUGCUGCAGUAGAAGUAUCUGUUGGGGAGGAGGAAAGGGAAGAUCUUGAUACCAGUACAGAGAGCAAAGAAGUCGAACGUAAAGAGCAAGACGUGGACACCGUGACAGAGGAUGAAGAAGAGCUGGGACCAAACAAAAAACGAAGAAGGGGAAGGAGAGGGCAAAAUGGAUAUAAAGAAUUUACAAGACAAGAAGAGACUGCUUGUGAAAAGAGUGAACCUCUUACUGCUGAAGAUGAAGAAGCUUUAAAACAGGAGCAACAAAAGAAAGAGAAGGAACUGUUAGAAAAGAUACAGAAUGCAACAGCCUGCACAAAUAUAACCCCAUUGGGUCGUGAUCGUCUGUACCGACGCUACUGGAUUUUCCCCUCUGUUCCUGGAUUGUUUAUAGAAGAGGACUAUUCUGGUCUGACAGAAGACAUGUUGUUGCCUCGAACCUCUUCCUUUCAGAAUAGUGUACAGUCUUGCACAAAUGAACCUCAGGUAUUCAGUAAAACUGGAGAGUCUUUGAAAUCUUCUGAAUCUACCUCCAAUAUUGACCAAGAUUCACACACCAGUGUUGUCGUAGAGGUGCCAAGGCCAGUAUAUAAACCAAACCGUUGGUGCUUUUACAAUUCUCGGGAACAACUGGACCAACUCCUAGAGGCUCUCAAUUCCCGAGGACAUAGGGAGAGUGCCUUAAAAGAAACUCUUUUACAAGAGAAAAGUAGAAUAUAUGAACAGCUAAGCAGUUUUCCUGUGGAAAAAUUCCAUAUUCCAGACAAACCUCAAAGUGACAUCAGACCUCCUUCAGGACGGGGAAGGAUGCAGAAUGCCCAUGAUGGAUCUUAUGUAUCUGCAGAGAAGCAGCUUGAACUGAGACUUAGAGACUUUCUUUUGGACAUUGAAGACAGGAUCUACCAAGGAACAUUGGGGGCUAUUAAGGUUACAGACAGACAGGCUUGGAGAGCAGCCUUAGAACAUGGGCGGUAUGAGUUUCUGAAUGAUGAAAACAAAGAAAAUGGUAUAAUUAAAACUGUGAAUGAAGAAUCUGAAGAAGUGGAAACUGAUGAUCAAGAUAAAUUUAUUGUGAAAGACAGACUCGUUGGGUUAAAAACUGAAGCUCCAAGUGCUGCAUCAACAAGUACAAGUACUCCUCAGCCAGUUAAUAAUGUGGUCCACUACUUGGCAUCUGCACUGCUUCAGAUAGAACAAGGAAUUGAGCGCAGGUUUCUCAAAGCACCUCUUGAUGCCAGUGAUGGUGGACGGGCCUAUAAAACAGUUUUGGAUCGCUGGAGAGAGUCACUUCUUUCUUCUACCAGCUUGUCCCAAGUCUUCCUUCAUCUGUCUACUCUGGAUCGAAGUGUCAUCUGGUCAAAGUCCAUCCUCAAUGCUCGCUGUAAAGUGUGUCGGAAGAAAGGCGAUGCAGAAAGCAUGGUGCUGUGUGAUGGCUGCGAUCGAGGCUAUCAUACUUACUGCAUCAGGCCCAAGCUGAAGGUCAUUCCUGAAGGAGACUGGUUUUGCCCAGAGUGCCGACCAAAACAGCGCUCUAGACGCCUCUCCUCCAGACAGAGACCUUCUGUGGAAAGCGAUGAAGAGACUGCUGAACGACUAGGAGAAGGGGAAGAAGAGGCAAAUUAUGAUGAAAUGGGGCAAAGUGAGGAAGAGCAUUAUGAAGAAGAACAAGAUGAGGAGGAUGAAUCUCAAGAGGAAGAAGAAAUGAGCCCAUCAAAGCCAGGAAGACCUCAGGUCAAGUUUCCAUUAAAAAUGAGAGCAGCCAAACUCAACAAUCCAUUCUCAAGUCAGAACAGCCAGCGCCAGGCAAGAUACGCUUCUCGGAGUCAGCAGAACACGCCUAAGCAAACCGAAUCUUCAUCUAAGGUUACCAGGAGGGGGCUGAGAAAGGUAAAAUCAGCCCCUCCAUCAGUGACAAAGCCUUCUUUAAGACUUAAUAGCCGGACCACUCGUCAGAGCCAAAGUUCAUUACAAGCAGAUGUAUUCGUGGAAUUACUCAGUCCUCGAAGAAGACGAAGAGGAAGAAAGAAUGCUGAUAACACACUGGAAAACAGCCCUUCCAAUUCUCUCGGGUUUAGAAUUGUUGAUACUGCAGACCCGACUGAGCGGCUUCGAAAGUGUCCAGUUUCUACUUCAAAGCUUUCUCUUCCUGUUACUGAACCCAAGCGAAGAGGCAGGAAACGACAAUCCACAGAAUCAUCUCCUCAAACCUCAUUGAACAGGAGAAGUUCAGGACGUCAAGGGGGAGUCCACGAACUCUCAGCUUUCGAACAACUCGUAGUGGAACUGGUACGACAUGAUGACAGCUGGCCUUUCAUGAAACUGGUUUCCAAAAUCCAGGUACCAGACUACUAUGAUAUCAUCAAAAAACCUAUUGCCUUAAAUAUUAUCCGUGAAAAAGUGAAUAAAUGUGAAUAUAAGUUAGCAUCGGAAUUCAUUGAAGACAUUGAGCUGAUGUUUUCGAACUGCUUUGAAUACAACCCUCGUAACACAAGUGAAGCAAAAGCUGGAACUAGACUUCAAGCUUUCUUCCACAUUCAGGCUCAAAAGCUUGGACUUCCAAUCACAUCAGGUAAUGUGGACCACGCCGCUCCCGCGGUGAAGAAGUCACGAAUCUAACCUCUACCUUCCAAAGGAUUUUUUUUGAGGAAUCUGUGUUCAUUAAAAUGAAAUGUUAAAUCUUAAAUCACGCAGUCGUCAUACCUGUAUAAAGCAAUAACAACUGUUUAACCACCUUGAAGUGUGGCCUGCACUAUAUUCUCAAUGUAAUAUUAAGCACUCAGGAGAACGUAGGAAAGAUUACCUUUGCUACAGUUUUAUUCAGUGUCUAAUAAUUUUGAUAGAUGUACUGGAUACAGUACUGGUUUACAGAGGUUUUGUACAUUUUUAAUACAUUCAUGUGUCCAAGUAUCUUCCAGAAGAACAUUGUUUUUUCCUGCACAAAAUGACCUUGUUUCAUGCUCUAGAUUUUGUAGGAGCUGUGGUAUGGAGGGCUUUAUCAACUCAGAUAAAAUCUUCUGCUGUAGCACAGUUGAAGAAACUGUGUGUGUGUUUUGAAACUUCUUUGAGCAUAUCUUCUCAACACUACACAUGAAUGAGAACAACUGCAUAUCUUUUUAAGUACUGUACCAGUGCUGGCUGGAGGUAUUCAGUCUGAGUUUAUUAAGUAGAUAUUUAUUUAGCAUUCAAAGUAAUUUGUGAAUUUGUUUUGUAUUUAUAAAAUUUGUACUUGGGGAUUAAAAACAAAAAAAAACAAAAAAAAAAAAAAAAGAGGAGUUCCAUAACUUUUUUAUUUUUUUUUUCUGGGGUUUUUUUUUGUUUGUUUAUUCCCCUCUAACUUGAUGAUCAAUCAAUAAACACCUUCCUGUGUCCCUGGCAGUUCUUCUAGCAAUGAGUAAAUUUACGGGACUGUACUAUAAGUUUCUACGUACAACUUUGGAAGUGCACAAAUAAAAUGACACAUUUUUCAAAGUA